AUGGGCCUCCCUCCCCUGUCCACAGCCCAGCUCGACACCCUGACUACCUCCAACCUCCCUCCCUCCCAGCUUUUCGAGACCCUUUCGCACUAUGAAUCCGAGGCCUGUCUCACGGCCGCGGGCCCCGGCAGUACAGAUCCGCACCUGCUGAGCUUGUUCUACUCGAGCUUUUUCAUCGUCCACCUACUCACCGAUCAAGUACCAGAAGCGCGCGCCUUGACACAACGGAUGCCAGAGACCCUGCGGAGUCAGGAUCCUUCUCUCCAGAACUGCCUGGCCCUCCUUCGAGCUCUCUGGCAAAACCAGCAUGCCCAAGUCUACCACAUUCUUCGGGAUCUACCGUGGCCGGAGACACUACAGCCGUUAGUACGGCGAUACGAGAGCUUCUUCCAAGACAAGACUUUGAUCGCAGUGAGCAGUUCCUACGAGGCAAUCCGGCCCGCGGUCGCCGCAAAUUACCUAGGUCUGGACGAGCAAGCCGCUGAGAAGGGCGACCCGAGUAUCAUACAAAAGUUCACGGGGGUUGGAUGGACCUGGGACGGAGAGGCUGAGCUGUUGCAUCCCAAACCAAUCCCUACAGCUGCCACCGACGCCCAGUCGUCUAAUCGCAUCCAGGAGGCCAUGGGCAUGCUGGGGGGGCGCGGAAGCUGA